GACAGUGCCCCUGACCGCCCCUCCCCCCGACCCGCGCCGGCCCUCGGCCGUCGGAGCCCCGACCAUGUCCAAGAUGCCGGCCAAGAAGAAGAGCUGCUUCCAGAUCACCAGCGUCACCACGGCGCAGGUGGCCAGCAGCAUCACGGAGGACACGGAGAGCCUGGACGACCCGGACGAGUCCCACACCGAGGACGUGUCCUCCGAAAUCUUCGACGUCUCCCGGGCCACCGACUACGGCCCGGAGGAGGUGUGCGAGCGCAGCUCGUCCGAGGAGACCCUCAACAACGUGGGCGACGCCGAGACCCCCGGCACCGUUUCGCCCAACCUCCUCCUGGACGGGCAGUUGGCCGCCGCGGCCGCGGCCGGGGGAGGCCCCGCCGGCGGGGGCGCGGCUGUUAGUCCCCGGAACGCGGCCGGCCCCCCGCCGGGCGCCCCCCACGCGUCCGCGUCGGCUGCGGGGCUGGGGAGUGGCGCCGGGGCGCAGACCCCCGCCACCUGCAGUUCGCGCUUUCGGGUCAUCAAGCUGGACCACGGCUCGGGCGAGCCCUACCGCCGCGGCCGCUGGACGUGCAUGGAGUACUACGACCGGGACUCGGACGGCGGCGUGCUCGCCCGGACCGGAGACUGCAUCCGGCACAGCGCCUCCGCCUUCGAGCCCGGCGCCGAGCGGGACAGCGGCCUGGGCGCCACGAGCGGCUCGGUGGUGGUCUCGGCCGCGCCGGCCGCGCAGAGCUCGGAGCCCGGCGGGGACGGCUCGGCGGCGCCGCCGGCCGACAAGGGCCACCCCCCGCCCGCGCCCCCCGCGCAGCACUCGGCGGCCCCGAGCCCGGCCCCGCUCUACCCCGCGGCCCCCAACGGCAAGGGCCCGCCGCAGGUGCCGCCCCCCGCGGCGGCCGGGACCCCGCCGCAGCCCUUCGCCGCCUACGGCCAGCCCCCGGCCGCGGGCGGCGGCCCCGAGGCGGCCCCGGCCCCCCUGAGCCAGCCCCAGGCCAGCGUGGGCCGCGGAGCCGGCGGGCCCCCGGCCCAGGGCCCCUCCAGCGGGCCGGCCAGCCUGGCCCAGGCCCUCCCGGGCGCGCUUCAGACUCAGCCCCCGCCUCUGGCCGGACCGGCCGACGAGACCCGCAGGAAAUCGGAACCGCUACCUCAGCCGCCGCUCUCGCUCCUGGCCGACGGCAAGCCCCCGGCGAAGGCGCCGCUCCCGGACGCCCUGGCCGGCACCCCGAUGAACAGCCUGGCCAGCACCGUCUUCGGCAUCUCCAUUCCCGUGGACGGCGACGAGGACAGGAAUCCUUCAACUGCUUUCUACCAAGCGUUCCAUUUGAACAAGUUACAGGAAUCAAAGACCCUCUGGGAUAGUGCAUCUGGGGCAAGCGUUGUAGCCAUUGACAACAAAAUAGAGCAGGCAAUGGAUCUGGUGAAAAGCCAUCUGAUGUAUGCAGUAAGAGAAGAAGUGGAAGUUCUGAAGGAACAAAUAAAAGAAUUAGUUGAAAGAAACUCUUUACUUGAACGGGAGAAUGCACUGUUAAAAUCUCUUUCAAACAACGAUCAAUUAUCCCAACUCUCAACCCAACAGGCCAACCCUAGUAGCACUUCUCAGCAGCAGACAGUGAUAGCACAGCCUCCGCAGCCAACGCAACCUCCUCAGCAGCCGAAUGUGUCCUCAGCGUAACGCUUCCUCGCCUCACGAAGACGGCCUUGACAGCAGUCUGUCCUUGUGUGCCACUGGUGUUCUCUCCACUCUGAACGAGCAAGUAGCCACGCUUGGGGGGGGGGGGGGGGGGGGGGGGUUGUUUGGCCUUUUCAGUAUUAGACAAUCAUUCUCCAAGAGCUAGUCCUCGCUUUGAGACAUCAUGCCACACAGUCGGGGUCCACUUGUCUGUCACCGGACACGAGGAAACUCCCGGAGGAGGAGGAGGGUUAGUGAGGCCGGAGUUGGCCUGGAGUCUGGUGCGCAUGAGCGGGCGGGGUCUGUCCGAGCUGUGGGGGCGCUCAGUCUCAUUGUCCAUGGAUUACCUUGAGCCUUCCUAUCUUGUUAUAAGUAACCAUUCAUCGAAAGAGCCACCAUUCUUUCAAUAUAAGUAACAUUUGCCUACAUUAGUUUUCAUUUCUUUGUGUUUUAUUUAUUACAGGGCUGCUAUUUUCAUAAUGUACAUGAACAAUGUCACAGAACUUUUUCUUAAUUUUUUAAAAAAAAAUAAAUGUAAGUAUCAGUAAAGGAAUUGAUAGACGGGAUUGCAUUUACUAGAUAAAACGUUUAGGCAAUAAUUGAACAAAAGAAUCCUGGCAUAUUUCUAACACUAAUGGCAAUUUACCUUUGGUAUUUAUUUUGAGUAGUAAAGACCCAGCUUGAAUGUAAAUUUUUGUAUAGUGUAAGUAUGAAGACCAUAGUGCAUCUGUACAGGUAGUCACCAGUUAUUGUGAUAUAAUAAAUAAUUGAUGGGCUAUUUUGAUGAAGAAAACUUUGCUCAUUUCUUGUUUCUACUUUCUAUAGAGAAAUUGCCAUGAUUCCUCUGCUUUUCAACAUUUCGUAUGACUUUUUUUUUUUUUUUUUUUUUUUUUUUUUUUUUUUUUUUUUUUUUUUUUUUUUUUUUUUGGGUGGGAAUAAAAAGCUGUGAAAUUGUUCAACCUACUUUGUAACCAAAGAAGCAAAGCUGUGUAAUGGAGUUUUUUGUUUUUUUUUUUUUUUUUUUUAUAAUGCACAUUCUUUAUGUAUUUUUAUUUAGUGUUUUCUCAUUCACAAUUUUCUUUGCUGUCUAGCAUGAUCUGCAUGACCUGUAAUCUUUGAACCACUUUCGUACCUCAUGUUUUUAUCCAGCACUCUUAUUGUAAUAUGUAUUAGUCUGUGAACAAUGUCAAAUAAAAAGAACGAACAGCUGGUGUGGGUGGAGCUGAGCUAGUGUACUAUGCACUAGGAGAAAAUGAAGUGAGCCAUCUUUUGUUCAUUUAAAAUGGUGUUUUGAAUUUCGUAUGCAGAAAACGUUUUGUUACAUUGCAGAUUUUAAUGUAUUUAAUAAAUGCAACAUGCAGAUUAAGUGCAGUGUAUACUGAGUAUUUAAAUUAAAAAUGUACAUUUCAUAAAAUACAGUUUCGAAAGAAAGCAUCAUUUUGUGUAUACUAACACAUUAAGUCUAUGUCAGAAAUUGAUGUAUAAAUAUAUAUAUAUUUUAACACUUUUUCUGAAAUUAAACUGCAGUUUUGUUGAAAUACUUUA